UUGGUGCAUCCGCCGAGGGGGCGGGGCCAGGGGCAGGCGGGCCGGGGGAGGCAAGAUGGCGGUGCAGGCGGUGCACCUGGAGGCGGACGCGUUCCUGGUGUGCCUGAACCACGCGCUGAGCACCGAGAAGGAGGAGGUCAUGGGGCUCUGCAUCGGAGAGGUGGACACCAGCCGAAUCGUCCACAUCCACUCUGUGAUAAUCCUGCGGCGCUCUGACAAGAGGAAAGAUCGUGUGGAGAUCUCACCGGAGCAGCUCUCAGCUGCUUCCACUGAAGCAGAGAGGUUGGCAGAGAUGACAGGACGCCCCAUGAGGGUGGUGGGCUGGUACCACUCCCACCCCCACAUCACCGUGUGGCCCUCACACGUUGAUGUCCGCACGCAGGCCAUGUAUCAGAUGAUGGACCAAGGGUUUGUGGGGCUGAUCUUUUCCUGCUUCAUUGAGGACAAGAACACCAAGACAGGUAGAAUUCUCUAUACCUGUUUCCAGUCUGUUCAGGCCCAGAAGAGCUCAGAAUAUGACCGGAUUGAAAUUCCCAUUCAUGUUGUUCCCCAUGAAACCAUUGGGAAGGUGUGUCUGGAAUCAGCUGUAGAGCUGCCCAAGAUCCUUUGCCAAGAAGAGCAGGAUGCCUACAGGAGAAUUCACAGCCUCACCCAUCUUGACUCUGUAACCAAGAUCCAUAAUGGCUCAGUGUUCACAAAGAACCUCUGCAGCCAAAUGUCUGCCAUCAGUGGGCCCCUGCUGCAGUGGCUCGAGGACAGACUGGAGCAGAACAAACAGCGCAUGCAGGAGCUGCAGCAGGAGAAGGAGCAGCUGCUGGAGGAACUUGCUGCUUUAGAGUGAGGAGGAAAUGCAGACCCUUCAGGAAAGUGACAUGAAAAAAUCUUCAAGAACUACUCCAGGUUGAAGGGUGGCCCUACAUUGCCUCAGUGGAGGUACUGGCUGUGCCUCUUCUCUUGCAGCAAAGAGCACAGCUCCAGGGUCAGGACUUUACCUGCUCCAGCUUGGUGCAAAGCAAUGCUGUGUCUGCAGUUGCUGCACUUCUGGCUCAGUGGUGGGGCUGGGCAGCACCUGAAGACUCCUGCUCUGGAGAGCACACACCUAGGGAACCUGUUGUUUCUCCCUCUAUGUUUUGACAGAAGUCCUGCUUUACAUGUAUUCCAGGAGCCUGGAGAGCUAGAGGGGAAAAGUGUGUGUCCCUGCUGUCAUAUAUGAUGCUGCCAACUUCUGCCUUCUCUUAGUAGCUUCAGUUGACCAUGAUCUUAUAUCUGAUAAUGUUCUGGAUCACUGGUCAUUCACCCAGGCAGGUAGGAGGUGGGAGGGAAGCUUGGGAACAGACCUGGAAGAUCUUUGACAUACGAUGUGUUCAGCAUAUGUCAAACCAAAUAAACAAUUCCAAAGCUAGAGCUGUUGGGAGUAGAAAUGAAAUGAAUGCUACCAAGUGCCAGUGUCUGCAUUUUUUGGUCAGUCUGUAUUCUGUCUGUAUUCUCUUACUCCAUGUAAUGCUGGUGUGUGCCCAGCACCCAGAGGUUCUCUAGAAAAUGAACUGUUUCUGCUGGCUCAGUGAGGGGACUGUGGUUCCCUCCCAGAGGGAAGAAGGUUAAGGUGCUGGCCAGGUGCUGGUCAUGGCUAUACUAGUCUGACAUUCUUCCAUGCUGAACUGCAGAAAUUUCCUAAGACUGGAAUAAAAUAGCUAUUGUUAAAUUAGUAAUCCCUUUAAAUGUUCUUGCUGUUGCAUUUCACAGUAUCCCCCCUAUGUACCUCCUCAUCCGUGUUCCUUCGUGUCAAUCUGUCCCAUGUGAGCAAAGGAUGGGACAGUUACAGUGACAGAGCUGAGGCAGGGGCCCUCCCUGCCUGUGACAGCCAGUAUUGGUUAGCAGCUGGAAAGUGCUGUCAGAGGUGGAAGCCCCAUACCCCCACUGCUUUGUCAGACUUGACUUUUCAAUCUUUCCACAUUUCUGCUGGCAAAUCCCCUAAGAGUAGAACGUCCUUGAAGUAUAUUGCUCACUACUGUUCUCUUUUUCCUUAGAAGUGCUGUGAAUAGUAAUUAAUCAGUUUUUGAACA